GCGAACGCCGCUUAUUAGAAACACCAGCGGCUACCGUUUGACCAGCACGACUUGAACUCGGGUAUGACUGCGCAAGUCUCGCAAGCGAAGCCUGUCCAUUUCUGAGCACGCUAGACUCCACGAUGGUCAUUCCGUCUAUUAUGAGGCAGACCGGACGGACAAGUCACCAAUCUAAUUUCCGAGGCGGUUUGAGUUCCAUCAUGCACAUUGCAUUCCAAUUAACAACGUGCCGAGUGCGAGCCCGAGCCCAGCUAAGUUCACCUACUACUGCCACGAAAGCUAAGUGGUCACUCUGCGCGGUUUACUAUGGAUCCAGUGACCAGAAGUUCUAUUGUACCAGAGACGCCGACGGAUUCAAGUUCUCCAGCUCGCGAAGCUGCCGAGGAGUUCAACACAGGGACGGCUACGUUGGCGCAUGGACAAGUCGCUAGAUCUACAUCCGAGUCUACUGUCACACCCAGGCCCUCUAGGCCUCUCUCGUAUGUCGAGCAUGCAGAGUCUGGCACCGGCUCUAGUUCGCAGGUGGAUCCUACACCUCCGGCAACAAGCUCUACUGCAGACCCUGCUCUUCAGAUGUUAGAAAAAAAUUUGCCGUCGAACAUUGAUGGCCCAUAUCCUACUAGGUACCCAAGGCACGGUGGCCGAACCACUUCGGGGGAAUUUGACCACCUCGCGCGUGGGAUGAGUAGUAAGAGCAGAGAUUACAUCCCUCGGAGGGCGUCAAUGUUGGCACAGGUGUAUCCCAGUAUUCCAACCGACUUAGUUCCGAAGACUACCUUGGAGCCCAACCACACCGUCGGGGAGCGCAUACAGCCAACUGUCGACGCAGCUGAACACGAAAGAGCCAAGUACGCAACAAAAGCCUCUUGGACAGGCUAUGCGCUUAACGUUGCUAUCGGCCUGCAGGUUCUUCUCGGUAGCUUGACUACUGGUCUGUCUGCUGUCUCGGUUGGAAAGCAGGCCUCCGUCGGGACCGUGAUACUUGGGGCGCUCUCCACUAUAGUUGCAUCAUACCUCGCUCGUAUGCGUGGUUCAAAUGAACCUGAGCUUUCAAUCACCCGGGUGAAAGACCUUGACCAAUUUCUACGAGACUGCAGAGCAUUCCAGCUGGAUCACGGACACACAUAUGGAACCGCCGAAAAUGGUCUCAAUCAAAGAGUGGAGGAACUGCGGUCCAGAUUCGAGGAGUUGCUUGGAAAUGGAGAUGGGUGCGUGGUACUGCUCAAGUACUCGCUCAUAUCUUUUUGAGUCUUAACUGACCCCGUGGUAAUUCCGCAGUCAAAGGAAAUUAUCUCCUCCCGUCUGAUCAGCUUUUUGACCUUUUCAUGUCGCACAUCUCUCCUUGUUGGUCGGAUGCUCGUGUCACUGGUUCUCGUUUGUCAUUGUAUUGGAUUUCGUUUUCGCUGUGGAUAUUAUCACAUAGGCUACACAAUAGUAUUGAUUCCCUCCAAGAAUUUCACUCCCGCUCAUGAUCAC